AUGACAACAGUCGGAUGGACAACACACCAUGCUCAAGCCAAGAUGGGAUUUAUUUGUCAGAAAAGUUUUGACAGCAAACAAUACAGAAGCUGUACACUUUAUGGGUCGGGCAAGUUGGCAAGUCCUGGAUAUCCCUUCCGAUAUUUGAAUAAUCAGAAAUAUACAUGGACUCUGUCAACUCGAGCUAAAGCUAAUAUAAUUUUAAACAUAUCAUUUGUGGAAACAGAGUCUUGUCAUCGCGACUAUAUCACCGUGUACGACGGAGCUACUGAAAAUGAUCGAAGUUUUAGAAAAGUUUGUGAUAGGGGAGACUCAGCUGUGAUGGUAUCGACAACAAACAUCUUGUUGGUCACUUUUAAAACAGAUAGUUCUGGUACAUACAGAGGAUUUUAUGGGGAGUUUUAUUCACAAGCAGAGGCGACUGUAUAA